AGAGCGUCACCAGAACUAUAAGCAAUCAAGGCGGGCGUAAUUCAAGCUACCAGUUAUAGAGUAGUGAUAGAUUCUGUUAGACACUCAUAUUUCAUAUAUACUGUAUCAGUUACAAAGUUUUCAAAGAAAGUUCUAUUUCUAAUGAAAAGAAAGUAAGGCUGUUGAAUUAAUGAUGGUACGACAAAGACGGUAUGAGACGGUGGACAGUGGUAGACAGUAUGAAAACUAUUCACGUCCUCAAAACAGUAACCAAGGACCUGUCAACCGGUAUGACAGUGGAAGGCCUUCAUUACAAAUGCGCACAUCCCUUAUUAAAGCAAAGAUCAUCUCUGUGUACACGAAUGGGGAACGAUAUAAAAACGACAAAAGUGUUAAUGUAACAUUCAGUGUUAAACGGUUUCCUGAUCUGGAACCACUGUUUAAAGAGAUUCUAGAUCGUAAAGCAAAGUUUAACAACAGUAGUGUGGAUUGCUUGUAUAGCUGGCCUAAAGGUGAACUUAUCGAAAGCGUUUAUGACAUAGAGGAAGACCCUAAUACAACUAUCUAUGUGUGUUCUGACAGGAAGGAAAAGCUCUAUAAGAAGGGAAAUUAUGGGAAGAUUCCGCAUCAAAGUUCAAGCGUUGGUGGGUCUGCAUUUACUGAGAAAUAUAGCCGUAACAGUCAGUUGAAUGGUGGACAAUCAAAUACGUUGAAAGUUACAUCAGCGGCUACCGGGGAAGAAGUAAGCAUAUUUAUUGACAAGAAAAGUCAACAACCGUACGAAGGUUUACUUGAAAACAUCCGCGGAAUGUUUGGAAAUAAACACCCUAAGAUAGUUACCCUAUACACCAUGAGCAAACAUCCAAAAAAGAUAAACAGUGUGAGCGCUAUAAAAAGAGCACUGGAAGCUAAUGAAGAUAAAUUUUGGGCCUGUGGGGAGCACGAUGAACCUGGUCGUAAAAUGUCACGAGACGCUUCACCAAAACGUAAUGGCUACAAACAAAAGCAAAAGAACGGCGAUCGUCAGAAACAAAAUGGUUACUAUGGUGACAGAGAUAGUCAAAGUAACGGGAGACAAUCAGACGAACACUUUGAUCAGCACGGGCGUUCAUACCAGCGUUACCAAGAAGAUGAUGAUGACGAUGACGACAUGGACAGAGAUGAAGACUUCGACCAGGAACCAUCCUCACCACCACAAAGACGAGGCGGUCGUCACCAAGAUCAGUCGCCUAAGCGAGACAACCGGAAAGCGUCAAAUCAACGCAGACGAUAUGACGAAGACGAAUCUCCGCGAAGGGAUAGCAAACAAACUUCAAACCGUCGCUCGAUUAAAAGAGACGACGACGAGGAUGAAGAUGAUCAUGGACGAAGAAACGGAAGGCCUCCAAGGCGCGAACAAACCCCGCCUAGGAAAGGAAGAAAGGACUCCGUGCGGAAUGAUGAUAGUGCUUGUGAAGACGAUGAUGACGAUGAUGAUGAAGAAAGAAAGUAUGAACAUCCGUCUGAAGAGGAGAUGCAAAAGAGAAUUGAAGAAAUGAGCGAACCUGAUCCCGAUCAGGACAAGGACGUGAAAUAUUAGACAAGGUAAAUCGUGAAUCGGCUAAGAAAUAAUGUUUAGUACUGACAGUUUAAUCGAAAAGCUUUUCAAUGUUACAAAUCUAGUAGAUUUUGCUUUAAAAUUAGACUUCACAGCAACGUAAGACAAACACAUAGCAAGGCAUACUUUACGUAUAGUAACUAUCUAUUUACAGUAAAAUUAUUUUGAAUUGUUUUAGUGAUAAAAAGAAGUGAAACAUUUGAAAUACAGACCAAUGUUUGAUGUAAAUGAAGUCAGGAAACAUCCGUGACUUUAAAAUGUUAUUUUCAAUGUACUUAUAAGACACUAGGAUUUUGUUUGAUAAUAGUUUACUUUUUAUUUUUAUAAGUUAAGUGACAUUCUUACAAUCUGGUUACACACUAACUAAAAGUUCAAAGUUGACCUUGUUGUUUACUUAUGUAUGAAAAUCAAAACCAUUUCGUAUGGCAGGAAAAGGAUUUUGUUCACACACAUAUAAUAGCACGUGGUUAUUUCUUUAUUAUUCACAUUUACAACUGUUACUUGUAGAUAUAUUUAAAUGUUGUUACAAAAUUUAUGAAGUUUGUAUAUAUGCUAUAUUUUAUUCAUUGAACUGUGAUACUCUUGAAGAUUUUCUUAAUGUAAAUAUAAUUGUUAACUGGCGUCUCUCUAAUUAGUAUGUUCAUGUAUUGUUUUCUCUUCAGCAAGAUAUAUUUACUUUGUAUACAUAAUAUAUUAACACUUAAUCUUCUUAAAUGAACAUGCCCACCUUUCUUCAAACCAUCUAUUAUCAAUUUGAUUUGAAAUUGGUCAGCCAACAAAAUAGAGCCCUGUCAGACUGCUGGAUGUGGAGGUCAGUCUGGCUCUAUACUGAGUGGCGCAAGCUAAACAAUUUUUGGUAUGGCAGGGUAAAGUUUUAACUUGGUCUUUUCAAGAAUAACUGUAGUAUAAUCGUUUAUGAGAGAAAUUGCACCAAUGCUUGUUUUCAUGUAAAGAAUGAGAUAAAUGUUAAAAGAUAUGCUUGACGCUCAACUACUCCGCUCAUUUCUAUUUCGAUGCAGACUUUCUUAGCCAUUUUAAGAUAUGUAUGUUAUUUAAAGCUGUGAUGGUACUUAAUUCAAUGUGAUAUGAGAAUGGCAACUUAAAACAAAAUGUUGGUGGGUUUUUUUAAAGAUUUUUUUUCUAAGAUUUAAAAGACAUUUCAUAAGUGUUACAUAUAUGAAAGUGUCUGAACCGCUUUGAGCUUUGGUAAUUGUGAAUGAUACCAAGAGAUUUUUUGCCUGGUUAUAUUGAUUUUUUAAAAAUAAUAAACAUGAAACAGAGGGAUAGUCUAACCAUAGUGUUUGCAGUGGACAUGUUUAAAACGUUUGAAGCAAUGUCAAGCAACAGUGAUUCAAAUCGACAUAAAGAUUUUAUUUAAGUGAAUCGGCACAUCAAUGAAGCUAUGUGCAUCAGAAUGAAACGGACUUUAGAUUAAGUUUGAAAUAAAUGCCUACAAGUGUACAGAUCUUUUUUUAUGCCCUCUUUAACAGUCAUUUAUUGUUUUGUUUGAUGAGGUUUCUAUGGAAGUAUUGUUAGCAAAUAAAUAAACUGAUGUUUCCUCAACAGUUUCGCCUCAUAUUUCGUUAUGGAAGUAAAGAAUACAAAAAGACACAGUUAUAAUAUAUACAAAUAUAAAUGUAUAGACAGUUUUAUAUGAUUUAAACAUAUUUCUUUUUUAUAUCUGACUUGUAUUGUAUUUUUUGUUUAGUUAACGCAUUGUAAGAAAACUUAUAACCAUAAAAUUUACCGCUUUGUGUUGGCUGUUUUCAGUUGCUUUAGUUUAUGAAAUUAAAACAUGAGGAAACAUUUCAAGUUUGUUGCAGAAAAACACAUUCUUUCCAUUUAAGUUAAUUAUUUAAAGGAGCCUCAUUAUUACCAUGGAAUUAUCAUGUCUAUACAGUACAGUUUCACACAAGUUUGUUUUUUUAUUGUUUUUUUUUUCGUAUUUGAGUAAUGGGAGACUACUGUUAAAUCAUUCUAUAUAAAUUUUGUUAGGAUUAUCCUUCUUUGUAAAUUAAGGCCCUUUUCUUGCCAGGGUUUAUAUUUUUGAUAAUUGAUAAAAGAUGAAUUUUAAUUAACUACAUGGUACUUACAUUUAAGACAUAAACAAUUUUGUUUAAUAUACAAUUGCCUUCGCAUAAAAAAGUCAAUUUGAUUACAGAACAGAUUAAAUUAAUCUAAAUUUUGUAACAUUUUCGUUCUUUGACAAGUAUAUUAGUACAUUUGUACAUGUAAGUGUUUAUUCUUUAACUUGAUCAGAUAUAUUUUAUAUCAAAAACCGUCCUUACUUUGUUAAUUGUUACAAAAUGAAUUUUAUCUUAAAACAUAUCAAAUAUUGUAUAUUGUAUUGUACAAUUUAGAUAUUUAUUUACUCUUCUGUUUUCUUAAUAAAAUUAUAUCGUC